AUGGCGGAAACACAGCCCAGACAAUGGGGCGUUACGGCGCCCAUCUCGACGCAGCAGCCAUCGCCGGCCGACCUAAAGCUGAACGACGAGCUCGUCGAGGAGCUCAAGAGGCAGAACGUCUUUGAGAGCCCCGAAGGUUCCGACACGCGCGUGCGCGUGCUUCGGCACAUGCAAGAGGUCGUCAACAAGUUCUGCCAGCAUGUUGGUAAGCUGAAAGGCCUGCCGCAAUCGACCAUCGAUACCAUGAGCGGGAAGAUCUUCUGCUUUGGCAGUUACGCGCUUGGCGUCCACGGACCUUCCUCUGAUAUCGAUACACUUAUCGUUGCGCCGAAAUCAGUCUCACUCAACGACUACUUCGAUCACUUCGAAACCAUCUUCAGAGGCAUGUCUGACGAGAAACUCAUCACCGAGAUGAACCCCGUCCCUGAAGCUUUCGUCCCGCUCAUCAAGAUGGAAUACUCAGGCGUCAGCAUCGAUCUUCUCUUCGUUUCACUUCCCUCCAUGACGCAGAUUCCGAAGGACUUGGAGGGUGUGGAUAAGAACAUGCUGCGUGGUCUUGAUGACACAGCGAUGCGCAGUGUGAACGGCACUCGUGUCACGCUAGAGCUCAUGCAGUCGAUACCCCAGAUCAAAAGCUUCCGACAUGCCUUGCGCGCGGUGAAGCUCUGGAGUAAUCAAAGAGGCAUAUACGGAGCUGUAUUUGGAUUUCCAGGAGGUAUUGCCUGGGCUAUCAUGGUUGCUCGCAUCUGCCAGCUAUAUCCCAUGGCUUGCGGUGCCACCAUCCUCACCAAGUUCUUCAGGUUAAUGGGCAAAUGGCCGUUUCCACGACCUGUCAUGCUGAAGAACAUCGAGGAAGGCACACUGAAUCUUCGAGUGUGGAAUCCGACACAGUACCCCGGAGAUCGGGCUCAUUUGAUGCCCAUCAUCACGCCUGCGUUCCCGUCCAUGUGUGCUACACAUACCAUCAUGCAUUCAACGUUGGAUGUCAUGAGGGAAGAGUUCGAAAGGGCUGAUCAGCUCAUCAACAGCGGGAGCGGGGUCCUUGAGGGCAAAAAGCAAUGGAAAGACUUGUUCAACAAGCAUACCUUUUUCACCAAGGACCACAAGUACUACCUGAGUGUUGUUGCGGCAAGUCGCACCGAGAAAGCGCACUCUACGUUCUCUGGUCUGGUUCAAUCCAAGUUUCGUCUGUUGUGCAAGAACAUUGAAGAUGGUCAGUGUGGCAUUGACAUUGCGCGACCCUGGAUGAAGGGAAUCAGCCGAGUCCACCGAUACGAGAACGAAGAGGAGGCAGACAAGAUCAUCCAAGGAAACACUGAUCACCAGAUUCCAGCAUCAGAGGUUCCUACUGUGGCGUCGGGCGAAGAACCACCAUCAGGCAUCAUGUAUACCACGACAUUCUAUGUCGGUCUCAAGCUGAAGCCAGAUGGCACCAAGUCGCUCGACAUAUCUUAUCCUGUGAGCGAUUUUAGGAAUAUUGUCACAACCAACAAUGGCUACGAUGACAAGACCAUGUCUGUUCGUGUAGUCCACACGCGCAACUACCAACUUCCCGAUGAUCUGUUCAGUGAAGGCGAAACACGACCGCAGAAAGCCCCCAAGAAAGAGAAGAAGAGGGACGCGACCAAGGCUGCUAAGCGCCACUUUGCCGAGACAGGGCUUGACGACAGCCAACUUGCAGCAGCGAAGCGUCAACAGUCCGAGCAUGCCACGAACGGAGCAUCCCCGCCAGUGGCAGCAUAA